UGGAUGUUCGCAGAUUUGCAUGAACUUGGUUCUCUUGGCGAAGAGCUGUACACCAACAGUGCUGAAACAGCAACACACAUCUAAAUGCCCAGGCUAGAGAUUGGAUAGCAUGCAACAUUUAAACUAAGAUUGCCUAUACCAAGCUAAAUAGAAUACAAAAAUAUAUUUCACUUCAAUUGACCAGACGAUAAAUAAAUAAGUCUAAAAUCCUAUACCCUUCGGUAUUUUCCGUAAAGGAGGACAUUAUACUCUGGCGCUUUGCGGAAACAUCGAAUGCGGAACAAAUUGUAUCGAGUUGCAUCGGCGCAGCCCAUCAAGACAGAUAGACAGUGUUCAUCACUGUAGGAUGGACUGGCCCAUGGAUCUGCUCCCAUUGCCCCCCUGUGCUGAGCUGGGGGUCUGUCCUCUGAAUGGGCUUCUGUGGACCCUGCUGCUCCUCUUCCUAUGGUAUUGUUACAGGGUGGGCUCUGACCCGCCAGCUCCAGGCCGAGCCAUCCCAGGUAAGCACAAGUCCGGCUCCAGGCGCUCUGUGUUGUCCCGCGCCGGCAGCUGUGCUGGAGCAGUGUGCAGUGCCACAUCAAAUGUGGCCACUGGCGAUCGGGGGACUCCCUGCAUCACCAUGGAGACGGGAGAGGAGGAGCAGGGGCAAGGAUACCUGACCCCUGUGCUGAGCCAUGCCCUGUUCCCAGCCCAGGCCACAGCGAGUGGCAGGAAGCUGUAUGCAGCACUGCAGGAGUAUGCAAAACGCUACAGCUGGGCUGGCAUGGGACGCAUUCAUAAAGGACUCCGGGAGCAGGCCACAUUAAAUGAUCGCUCCUCCAUCCAAAAGCCUCAUCUCUUCUUCCUCCCAGAUGUCCCCAGCAUUCCUUUUUUCCCACGUGACGCCCAUCGACAUGACAUUGAGGUCUUGGAGGCCAACUAUCCCAUAAUCCUCGCAGAGUUUCAGGCGGUCUACCAGAGAGGCAUUGAUCCAAAGAUUGGCUGGACCAGCCUGGGACCUAAGGGCCAAGCUGUGUUCCCCUUGUACAGCGCAGGCGUGUGUGUAGCAAGGAACUGCCGCUCCUGUCCCUGCACCUACCGCACUCUUCUCUCCUUGCGCACCUUCAUAAGUAGCAACUCCCUGGGGUCAGCCGGGUUCUGGCUGCUAGGGCCUGGGGCCACACUAGGGGGAGUGUAUGGCCCCACCAAUACUCGCCUACGCUGCCACCUCGGAGUGCAGACCCCACCUCAGUGUGAGCUGGUAGUGGGAGGAGAGCCUCAGUGCUGGUCAGAGGGACACUGCCUCCUGGUGGAUGACUCCUUCCUGCACACUGUCUCCCAUAAUGGGGUGGCAGAGGACGGGCCACGGGUGAUUUUCAGUGUGGACCUCUGGCAUCCAAAUGUGGCUGCAGCAGAAAGACAGGCCCUGGACUACAUUUUCUGCCCUGACCAAUGAACUCCAACUUCCACUGUGCACAUGUUCUAGUUGUGCCCCACCCUUAUUUGAUAUGAGGGAAAGGUGCCCAAACCUAGUCUCGAGGGCUGUGCUCUUCAACCUCAAUGUUCAUCCAGUCCGAGUAUCACUGUGUGUGUCACUAGUGAAUCCACUGAAACAGUCCAAAUAGCCAAAGGGAGCUUACCCACAGACGUCAGUUCAAUGUCUUUUUUUAAAUUUUUAAACCUUUAUUUAACUAGGAAAGUCA